UUUCUAUAAGGUGACACACUUCCGGUUCGGAGCUCUCGUUGCACACGUGAGAUCAACAAAACUCAAACUAAAGCAGAACAAAAGCGCGUAUUUACUCGUUUACUGAGGCUAAUUUCUUACUGGACAUUUCCGGUGGUGCGUGAGUUUCCGCGGAGACGAACUGAGCGGAUUUUGUGUUUUAUUUGGACUUUAAUCCGCUUCGGGCGAGUUAAACACGCAGCACAGGCUCGGAAACUGGAGGAGAAAAGGUCCCGGUUCUCACUCGGGAACGGAGGAAAACAGCUGACUUAAAGGAGAAGAGUGGACAGGAUGGACGGAAAGGUUAAGAAACAGAAGAAGCACCAGCAGAAGCACAGUGGGCCGAAAGCAGAGAAGAAGAAACUCAGGAAGCAUAAUGGACCAACGGAGGAAGAUGACCGGAGACGCAACCCCAAAGCGUUUGCAGUUCAGUCUGCUGUCCGCAUGGCCAAGACCUUCCACAGGGCCCAGGAUAUAAAAACCAGGAAACAUCACAUCCCUCUUGUUGACCGAAUGCCCCUCGAACCUCCUCCUGUCGUAAUUGUGGUUGUCGGCCCCCCCAAAGUGGGGAAAAGCACCCUUAUUCGCUGUCUGAUCAAGAACUUCACUCGGCAGAAGCUUGGUGAUAUCUGUGGACCUGUGACCAUCGUCUCCGGUAAGAAGCGGCGCCUGACCUUCGUCGAGUGUAACAACGAUAUAAACACGAUGAUUGAUCUGGCCAAGGUGGCUGACCUGGUGCUGAUGCUGAUCGAUGCCAGCUUUGGCUUUGAGAUGGAGACGUUUGAGUUUCUCAACAUUUGCCAGGUGCACGGUUUCCCUCGUGUCAUGGGAGUGCUGACUCAUCUAGAUUCGUUCAAGAACAACAAGACUCUGAGGAAGACCAAAAAAAACCUCAAACAUCGUUUCUGGACAGAGGUUUACCAGGGAGCCAAAUUGUUCUACCUGUCUGGGAUGCUCUACGGUGAAUAUCAGACUCAGGAGGUGAAGAACCUCGGCCGCUUCAUCUCAGUCAUGAAGUUUCGUCCUCUCGUAUGGCAGACUUCUCAUCCUUAUGUGCUAGUAGACCGCCUAGAGGACCUGACCAAUCCUGAGAAGGUUAGGAUGGACCCCAGGUGUGACCGGACUGUGUCACUCUACGGCUACCUGAGAGGGGCACAUUUAAAAAACAAAAGCCAGCUCCAUAUUCCAGGUGUGGGAGACUUCCAAGUGAGCGAUGUGAACUUCCUCCCUGACCCGUGUCCUCUGCCAGAUGCUCAGAAGAAGAGAGCUCUGAAUGAGAAGGAGCGUCUGCUGUAUGCUCCCAUGGCCGGAGUGGGAGGUCUGGUCUACGACAAGGACGCUGUUUACAUCGACCUUCCUGCCAGCCAUUCCCGUCAGCAGCAGGAGGAGGUGCGUCCCACCACAGAGCUGGUCCAGUCUGUCAUCGACACUCACACAACUCUUGAUGCCAAGAUGGCAGCCAGCAAAGUGUCUCUGUUCACUGGCUCAGCCACAUUAGACCCGUCAGAUUUGAAUGAGCAGAACAGAGAGCCGGGGCUUCAGGAGGAACACAUCUGGGAUCCCAACAGCCAGAGGGAGAGGAGGAAGGUGGUCUUCCCAGGGGAGGAAGAGAACGUCAGCGAGUCAAGCAGUGAUGAGCAUAGUAGCAGUGAAGACGAUGAACAUGCUGCUGAUGAGGAUAUGAACGAUGAGUUAUUCACAUUAAUCAAAGAGGUCAGAGCUGAAUCUGAAACGAUGGCAGAAGGAGCUCCGCCCUCGAAGAUCCAGAAACUGGAGGAAGUUAAAAGUUGUGGGCAGUCAGUCGCAGAGCUUCCUGCGUUUGCAGACAGCAACGAUGAGCUAGAGAAGAGCGAAGAGGAGGACGAGGGUGAAGAUGAGAGCGAAGAGGAGAACGAGGUUGGGCGAGCAGAAGACUCUGGACAUUGUUCUGAAGAGGAGGAAGAAGAAUCUGCAGAUGAAGAGGUCAACACUGAUGGUGAGAGUGAGGAAGACGAGGAGCAGGGGGCUCUCAGAUGGAAGGAGGAUCUGCAGCAGAAGGCAGCCGAAGCGUUUCUACGGCAACAAGAAGCUGCCCCCAACCUCAGUAAAGUGGUUUAUGGUUCAGUUGUAGAAGCAGUUGAUUCUGAUGAAGAGGAUGAGGAACUGGGGGGGCUUUUUCGAGUCAGUCGCCCUCACAAGAGCAAAAGGUUACAGACAAACUCUGUAGACUGCUCCCGUUUCCCUCCCGACUCCUCCCUUAACUGGAAUUUGGAAGAGAUUCUGGAUUCAAUCAGGGACUGUUUUGUGACUGGAAAGUGGGAGGAAGGCCAAGAUGCUGCAACUCUCCUGAAGCAGGAUGAUGAGCUGUAUGGAGACUUUGAAGAUAUGGAAACAGGAGAAGUCCACAAGAGCCAAACAGCAGGGCAGCAGGAGGAGGAGGAGGAAAAUGGUGAGAGUGAUGAAGGUGAAGAGAUCCAGGUGAGGAUGGAAGAUGAGGAGGUUCAGAAGAACAAGCGCUUGGAGAAGAAGCGCCGUCUCAAGGAACGAUUCAAUGCAGAAUAUGAUGACGGUGAUGCCACGUACUUCGAUGACCUGAAGGAAGAGAUGCAGAAGCAGGCUGAGCUAAACAGAGCAGAGUUUGAAGAGAUGGACGAUGAGACCAGAGUGCAGUACGAAGGCUUCCGGCCUGGAAUGUACGUCAGGGUGGAAAUCCUUUCUUUGCCCUGUGAAUUUGUUGCAAACUUCGACCCCCAUUAUCCCAUCAUCCUUGGCGGUCUGGGCUCCAGCGAAGGCAAUAUAGGAUACCUUCAGCUGCGACUGAAGAAACACAGAUGGUAUGACCGUAUCCUGAAGACCAGAGACCCCCUCAUUUUCUCUCUAGGUUGGCGACGCUUCCAGACCAUCCCUCUUUACCACAUCGAGGAUCACAACGGACGCCACCGCCUACUGAAGUACACGCCACAGCACAUGCACUGUGGAGCCUCCAUCUGGGGUCCCAUCACCCCACAGGGAUCAGGGUUCCUGGCUCUGCAGUCGGUGGCAGGAACUAAAGCUCACUUUCGCAUCGCUGCAACAGGAGUUGUUCUGGACCUGGACAAAUCGGUUACAAUCGUGAAGAAGCUGAAACUAAUCGGAUAUCCGUACAAAAUCUUCAAAAACACCUCCUUUAUUAAGGGCAUGUUCAACACAGUGUUGGAGGUGGCCAAAUUUGAAGGAGCCUCAAUACGAACAGUGUCAGGGAUCAGAGGUCAGAUCAAGAAGGCGCUGUCUACACCUCCUGGAAGUUAUCGAGCUACGUUUGAGGACCGUCUGCUGAUGAGUGACAUUGUGUUCCUGCGUUCCUGGUACCCAGUGACCAUUCCUCAGCUAUACAACCCAGUCACUUCUUUGUUGAGGUCAGUAGGCCAGAAGGACAACUGGUCUGGAAUGAGGACCGUAGGACAGCUCAAACAUGACCUUGGAAUCCGCAACAAACCCAACACUGACUCUUUGUACAAGCCAAUAGCAAGAGCCAAACGACGCUUCAACCCCCUCCACAUCCCCAAGGAGCUCCAGAAGGCUCUGCCUUUCAAGAGCAAACCCAAAUUCCAACAACCCAAAGGAAAGAUGCCCAGGGAUCUCAGGAGGCCCUGUGUGAUCCGAGAGCCCCAGGAGAAGAAGGUGGCAGCACUGCUCCAUGCUCUGGGCACUGUCCACCAUUACAAGAAGAAGAAGACCACCACUGUGCAGCAUGCCAAGCACAAGGAGUUUCUCCAACAGAAGGAGAAGCAGGAGGAGGCUAAGCUUAAGAGACAAAAGGAGGCAAAGAAGAAACUGUACCGUUUGAUGGGCCAGAUGGACAAGAAGAAGUUGAAGUCGAGCCUAAAAGGGGCACCUAAAGAUGACUAGUCUGUCUGGAGUCACCAACCCACCCUUUGUAGAACUGGACUGGGAUACUUGGAAUUGUAUUAUUCAGCGGAUGUACUUCGUAGGAGUACUGGUCUGGUGACAUCUACUGAGAAAGGAAGGAAUUUGAUGUUUGAAAUGGUUUUUAAUAAAGUAGUAACUUCAA